GUGGCAUAUUUGAAAUCUGGCAGUUGAAGUCGAGCCUUUUUCCCAGUAUAUUGUGCUGUAAUUCCCGUCGCAAGAGACUUUUUUGUGGCAGGCCUAAACACGAUGGAGGAAGAGGAGCACACAGACAGAAAGCAGAAACUUGCUAUGCUUUAUCAAAAGCUUAACAAAAUUAAAAAGUAUCUCAAUGAAGAUGACACAGACAAUAUUAACCAGGUCAUUGGCUCAAACUCACCCGAAUCAUGCCUUUCAUAUUUGAUGGACUUGGAGAAAAAAGGAGACCCUCACUUGGAUAGUAAUCACCUCACCAGGCUCAUUGACUUUUAUACAAGGGUGUUCUCCAAUAUGCCACUGGGAAAACACUGUCACAAUGAGAGCUACGCAAGGAUGUUGGUCAGAUUUGCAGAGCUGAAAGCAAUUCAAGAUGUCAGUGAGGCAGAGGAUAACUUCAACGUGGCAAGGUCCCACAGCCAGAAUUUUGCAUUUGUCCACAUUGCACAUGCACAGUUUGAGAUUUCUCAAGGCAACGCAAAGAGAGGCAUCUACAUAUUGCAGAAUGCUGUUCAGGUGGGUGCCCAACCGAAAGAACAGCUGGAGGCUGCUUUGCGAAGCAUUCAGAAUGGAAAAGCACAACUAUGGAGUUCAAAGGAUAAGGAAAAUUUACCGGUAGCAAACAGUAAUGCACAGAACUCUGUCAAUAAAGGCUCAGAGUUACAAAAAGUAAGCAGAACGUCAGAUGGGACAGGUGACUUGCAGCUCUCAAGUAUUUUUAGUUCAGGGAGGGACUCCCUUGGUGGAGCACCAGAUGACCAACUACCAGGCUGGAGGACAGGAUCUCAGCGCAAGAGAGCAGUUGGAAUGCCAGCAAGAGUUCCCAUAGUACCUUUCUCUAUCCCAGAAAAGGAUGAUGAUGAUGACUACAAUAAUAGCAGGGUUUCCAAAGGAAGCGAUGCAUCAAUUCCCACAAGUUUGUCCAGGCAAACAUCUGGUUCAAAUAUGAACCCAAUAUUGAGGAGGCUAUCCUCCUCAAAGAACAGUGCUGUGGAUCGGGAUUUAGUGUGUGUUCAAUGUAUCAUUGUUUCCUUUUUCUUCUGGAGGAUCGAGGAUCCAGAUGAAGCAGAGGACCACUUCAUAGUUGCAAGAUCCAACUGCAAAGCCUUUGCCUUUGUCCACAUAGCACAUGCCCAGUUUGAGGUCUCUCAAGGUAAUGUCGACAAAGCAACUUCAAUUCUGCACAAAGCCCACACUUUAAAUGCGAAGCCAGCCGAGCUCCUGGACAUGGCCAUACAUAACCUUAAAGCUGGAGAGAAACGGCUACUGCCCACCAGUGAGGAGGAACCUCCCACAGAUUUGCAAGCAAGUGCUCCCAUAAUGUCUGCAUGUGGUGGAAUCCAGGAAGUACAGCUUCCUGCUCGGGUCCCUGUCAGACGUUCAGUAGAGCAGCCUAAACCUGCGAGCAGGGAGCCUUUAUCGGAGUGGAAGAUCCCAACUUCCAUCAACCGUCAUGUUUCUCCUGAGGUUAAACAGACAACGCCCCCUGAACCUAGACCCAUUCCUCGUCUGGCAGAGUCUUUCCUUACACCAUCCCUCCAACUUCCAUCCAAAGUUUACUCACAAACAGUCUGUGAAACACCUAACAGCAAUAGAUAUCCAGCUGCUAACAGCUUCAUUACUCCUGUUGUAAAGAGAGGGCCUGAAGUGUCUUCCUCUGCAGCAGCGGCACACAGAGCUGGGCCUGCUCAGCAGCCAUGCACACCUCUAAAUCAAACGCUGUGUGCCCAGACACCACAGGCUUCCCUCAGUGUGUUGUCCAAUGAAUCCAUUACGAUUAAGGGGAAGCAGUUCUUCAUUCUGAAGAUGAUUGGACGCGGGGGAUCGAGUAAGGUCUACCAGGUGCUCGAUCAUAAAAAGCAGCUGUAUGCAGUGAAAUAUGUGAACCUCGAGGAGGCCGAUGCCCAGACUAUAGAGAGUUACAAAAAUGAAAUUGAACAUCUGAACCACCUGCAGCAGUACAGUGACCAGAUUGUAAAGCUCUAUGACUAUGAAAUAACCAACAGCUACAUCUACAUGCUGAUGGAGUGUGGAAACUUGGAUCUGAACACUUGGUUGCGAAACCGCAAAACUGUGAACCUUCUAGAGAGGAAGUUCUACUGGAAGAACAUGCUGGAGGCCGUCCACACCAUCCACAAACACGGAAUUAUCCACAGCGACUUGAAACCAGCUAACUUCGUCAUAGUGAAUGCUUCGCUGAAACUGAUCGACUUUGGCAUCGCAAACAGAAUCCAACCAGAUGUAACGAGCAUUAUGAAGGAUUCACAAGUAGGAACUCUGAACUAUAUGCCCCCUGAAGCCAUCAAAGACACGUCAUCCCAGACAGGAAAAGCACGCUCAAAGAUCAGCCCCAAAGGUGACGUGUGGUCCCUCGGAUGUAUCCUGUACUGUAUGACUUACGGGAAGACUCCGUUCCAAAGCAUCACCAACCAGAUCAGCAAGCUGCACGCCAUCAUCGAUCCCUCCCAUAAAAUAGAGUUUCCUGACAUCUCGGAGAAGGAUUUGCUCGAUGUGUUGAAGAGAUGCUUGGUACGAAACCCCAGAGAGAGAAUUUCCAUUGCAGAACUGCUGGAGCAUCCGUAUCUGCAGCUCAAACCACAAGCAUCACCUGAACCAGAAUAUCCUUCUAACAACGAUCUUAAGAAGAUCCUGACAGACCUCGCCGCCCUCCAGUCUCCAAACAGCAUCAUUCGAGCUGCUAAUAAUUUGGCAAGAAUGUGCAGCAGUGGCAGGAAGCUGGAUGUUGCAGAGUGUGCAAAGUCAUCAUCUUAACUGCCCUGGAAAAUGUGUUUUGGCUGAUUUGGUUCUUUUAAACCACUCAUAACCACUAAAGUUUCCCUUUUUUGUGAGAUAAACAAAGCAAUAUCUUUGUUUUUCUUGAAACAAAAUAGCACAUUGUUUCAUUUUUACUCAUUAGUAAAUAUAAGCACAAGCCAUUUAGCCAUCAUUAAAACUACUUAGUAUUGUGUGGUUUAAAUCACCAAAAGAACCCCCCCAAAAACUCUGACUUGUAGUCAGAGAUGCCAGACAUUUGGCAGUGACUCAUUUGGAUCCUGUCGGUUGCAGGAUGGACUUUCAGUCCCAUGGGAAUUGACUGGCUUGUUUCAGUGCAUCCUGUGAAUGCUGUUUCAGAUUCUGGGGAGAUCAGGAAAAAACAUUGUGUCUGUGUGUUUUUGAACCCUUCCUGAGCAGUUUCAGGGAGUGCUGUUGCCAUUACAGGAUGUGCUUGGUCUGCAACAGAAUUUAUGUGGGUAGUACCUUUCAAAAAUCCACACGAAUGGUAGAAUCUCUAAGUGUUACUCACUUAAGUUUGUUUUAAUGUUUUGGCUUAUCAGUUUGUGCAGUAUAGUAUAAUCCAAUAAACGUACUGUAUUGUACCAUAA